GACACACCAAUUUUUGUACCAGUUUAUCAAAUUCAUCAUUCACCAUCAAUUUGGGGUGAAGAUGUUGAAAAUUUUAAUCCAUCACGUUGGUUUACAGAAAAGGUUAAAGGUCUUACUCAUUACAAUUUUAUGCCAUUUUCAGCUGGGCCAAAAUCAUGUAUUGGUAAUAAGCUUGCAUUAAAUGAAGCAAAAGUUAUCUUGUGCAAUUUAUUAAGAAACUUCCAGUUCCAUGAAGUCAAAGGUUUCAAAGUUACAAGUAAAGCAAAUAUGACUCUUAGACCUGACCCUACUGUGAAGUUGUGGGUCAAUGAAAUUGACUAUUAA